GCUUCACCAGCACACGUGUCUUGGCGGCAGUGGUGGCGGCGUGGUGGACAGUAGCGAGGUGGAUGCAGCGACUGGCGAGUGGCGGUGGAGGAACAAGAGGAACAAUGGCUUGCCUGAACGUGUGGUGGAGUGUCGUGGCUGUGGUGGGAGUGUGGCACGCAGCGCAGGGAGCCCAUCUGCCCCAAAACACUUCAGAUCCAGCAGAGGACAAGGGCAAGCCACCGUUCCCCCUCGACCUGAGCUCCAUCGGUGGGGAGACUGAGAACAACCGCCUGGAGCUGCUGCAGGAGUUACUCGACCUGUCCAUGAAAGCUGAGGAGUCUGAGAACGAUAUUAAAACGAGGCUGGAGAAACAGAAGAGUGCUAAGGAGGCAAGCAGUGAGGGACGGGGGAAGAAAACCAGCACCGCCAGCACCACCACCACCACCGCCACUACCAGUACUACUACUACUCAGCCACCACCACCACCAGCAGCAGCACCAGCAGCAGGCACAGAAGAGGCAGAAGGAGGCAGGGACGGAGUAACAGGCCUUCAGGAGUACACAAGGCAGGAGCUGAUCACAUUGACUCACGAGGGGCGGCGCGGGAACGGCAGUGUGAUGGCCGGCUGCCCCAUCCCUCAUCUGUCCAUAAAGACUCGAUGCUUCGCCAACGUGAUGGAGGUGACGGUCUCUUCUCGUAUGAAUCUCUUCGGACAGCUGAUCAUGGAGGGCGGAGAUGGCAGAGCGGAGAUUAAAGGAGCGUACCUGGUGAGUGGCGGGCAGGUGGGCGGCGCAGGUGAUGCCGAGGCGAAUAACACAGGUAGUACAGCUUAAUUCCCACGGUCAAUAAGCACGGGAGGGAGAGGAAU